GUGUACAAGAUGGUAGCGUUGAGCGCGGUCGUCUUUUGCGCGCUAGCAAGCGUGGUUUGCGGUGAACUCCGCAAGUUCCCUCCUGGCUUCAAAUGGGGUGCCGCGACCUCUUCCUAUCAAAUAGAAGGUGCUUGGAAUGUAAGUGAUAAAGGUGAAAACAUCUGGGAUAGAUUUAUACACAACAAUCCUGACGUGAUUAUUGACAGCAGCAAUGGCGACAUCGCCUGCGACUCCUACCACAACUGGCAGGAAGAUGUCAGGAUUGCUGCGGAACUAGGAUUGGAUUUCUACAGAUUUUCGAUAUCAUGGCCAAGACUUCUGCCAAUGGGUACUAGUGAAAAAAUAAGUGAGGAUGGCAAAGAUUAUUACAACAAUCUUAUCAACGGUCUGUUAGAGAAAGGCAUACAGCCUGUAGUCACGCUCUACCAUUGGGACUUGCCACAGAGAUUGCAAGAUUUGGGUGGCUGGGCGAAUCCCUAUAUAGUGGACUGGUUUGCGGACUACGCGAGAAUUGCGUAUAAGUUAUUUGGUGAUCGUGUGAAGACUUGGGUGACGAUAAACGAACCAAUCGUUGUAUGUGACGUAGCUUAUAAUACUGGAAGUUUCGCCCCCGGUGUAAAAGAUCCGGAGUUUGCGAGUUAUUUAUGUAAUAAGAAUAUUUUGUUAGCUCACGCUAAAGCUUGGAGGAUAUAUGAUGAAGAAUUCAAGCCUAAAUAUCAUGGCAAAGCCGGGAUUACAAACCAGUUGUUCUGGAUAGAGGGCGCUUCGAGCGAAUACGAAGAAUUGGCAGAGUUAGUAAGGCAAUACAUGGUGGGAAUGUACUCGCACGCCAUCUAUACAAAAGAGGGUGGAUGGCCACCACAGAUAGAAAAGCUAAUCGCAGAAAAAAGCAAAAAAGAAGGUCACCCGCGGUCUAGACUGUCUCCAUUCACUAAAGAAGAAAUUGAACUUAUAAAAGGUACAUACGAUUUCUACGGUUUCAAUUACUACACGUCUCGUCAAGUCCGCAAAUCCAGGACCGGGGAUGUAAUAAGAUAUUGGCCGCUGGGUUCCGGAGCGGUAGAGUUGGACGCAGCCUUCGAAACACAUCCCACUUGGAAGAAAACGGAUUCAUUUUGGUUCUGGAUCAAUGCGCCCGGUUUUAGGAAUAUGAUGAAAUGGCUCAAGGAUAAUUACGGCGAUAUUGAAAUUCUCGUCACAGAAAAUGGACUUGCCAUAGGAAAGAACGGUCUGAAUGACGUCGACAGAGUCAAAUACUAUAGAGAUCAUUUGGAACAGAUAUGGCUCGCGAUCAACGAGGACGGUGUUAAUGUGACCGGAUACACCGCGUGGUCGUUAAUGGAUAACUUUGAGUGGACAGACGGAUAUAUUACAAAAUUCGGCCUGUACGAAGUGGACUUCACGGACCCCAAGCGACCGCGGACUCCACGAACGUCCGCUAAAUAUUACAAAGAUGUAAUACGCAGUCACUCGCAUGAAGUAUAUCAUAAAUAUAUGAAAGAUGAACUUUAA